UAAUCCAAAGAGAGAUUUUCCCAUUAUUGAUCCUAGUAGAGAACUUAGGAGGUGAAGCAUGAAUCGUCCCCAUAUCAGUCCAAUAUUCAUUCGAUUGCUUACGUUUUCUGCUUUUCUUACCCUUCUCCUAUGGGAGCUGGCCUAUGCCGAUCCUCCUUAUAGCUUUUGUCCUAACACAAGUGCUGACUAUAGAGACGACAGUCCAUUUAAAAAUAACCUUGAACAACUCCUGAUCUCUUUAUCCUCAAAUGCUUCUUCUUCCAAAUUCUAUAAUACCUCCACAGGAAAUGAUACAGAUAGAGUUUAUGGUGUACACAUGUGCCUCGACUAUGUCACAAAUGAAAACUGCGGGAAGUGCAUAGCAACCGCUACAAAAGACAUUUUGAAGCUCUGUCCAUACACAAGGGAAGCAGUUGUAUGGGAGGAGCUAUGCCAGCUGCGCUACUCCAACCAAAAUUUCUUUGGCCAAGUGAAUGUCACAGGAAACAAGCAGCAAUAUAACCUGAUGAAUAUUUCCCAACCACUACAGUUCAAAUAUCGAUCUGUUGUUAAGGAGACUUUGAAUAAUCUGAUAAUUUGA